UUUGACAUCAACAGUGCUGCCACAACUGCUGAAUUCUGAACCUCACUGCACACGAAAGGUAGUUCCACAAUGCAUGAUAGCAACUAGGCUAAAAAGGGAACUUUGUGUACUCUUUAGCUAGCUAAAUAGUUAGUUGUGAUUACAAAUUGUUUAUUUCUGAUUAGGAUACAAGUAGGUGUGAAAGUAAUAAUGCAUAAAAUUAUUCAAUAAAUGGCUAAAACAGAGGAGGUACAAUAAAUGAUUCUGCAGUGUCAUGAUGUCGUCCACAAAUGCCUCAUGUGUUAUGGUCACCAACUCUACUCAAUGGGAACAAAGCAUGAAUAAGCUCUACACCUAUUUCUACCUUUUCAUCUUUAUCCCAGGCUUGCUAGGAAACAGUCUCGCUCUUUGGGUCCUGUGUCGCUUCAUAAGCAAGAAGACCAAAGCCAUCAUCUUCAUGAUCAACCUGGCCAUCGCUGACCUGGCUCAUGUCCUGUCCCUGCCAUUGCGUAUCUACUACUACAUUAAUGUCACUUGGCCUUUUGGAAAGGUGGUGUGCUUGCUGUGCUUCUACCUGAAGUAUCUUAACAUGUACGCCAGCAUUGCCUUCCUGGUCUGUAUCAGUAUUCAACGCUGCAGCUUCCUAAUGCGCCCCUUUUGCGCCAGGCAAUGGAAGCGGCGGUAUGAUGUUCGGAUUAGUUUAGUUGUGUGGUUAGUAGUUGGAUUAUGCUGCUCUCCUUUCAUCUUCUUGAGAAACGACCCAUCAAACCACCAGCACAAUGACACCUGCUUCAAGCAUUUGCCCACUCGGAAGAUGAACCUGGGAACCGCAGUGGCCGUAUUGUCCUUCGGCGAACUCCUGGGCUUUGUGGGCCCACUGACUGUCAUCAUCUUCUGCUCAUAUUUCAUCAAACGUUCACUGAGGCAGAGCUUAGGGCCUGGUGACUCAGUCAAUGACAAGAGAAGGGCCUUGCGUAUGGUCUCAGCAUGUACUGGCGUGUUCCUCUUCUGUUUUGCCCCCUACCAUAUCAACUUCGUGCUGUAUAUGAUGGUUUCACAGGAUUUUAUUACCCAUUGUUCGGUAAAGCAGCUGGUUCAACACUUCCAUCCGAUCUCACUGUGCAUUGCUAGCCUUAACUGCUGCUUAAAUCCUCUCAUAUACUACUUCCUGACCACCGAGUUCCGUCAGCAGCUCAGUCGUCAGGGCAGCUCUAUAUUAAGAGGGAGGUUGAUGAGUAUGGAGAGCACCUCCUCAUACAGAGAUGCACUUUCUGGGUGAAUACAGAGAACACGUUCUCCUACAGAGGCACACAUGCAGAUGACCACAUAUUUCUUAUUAUAUAGAGAAAAACUUCAUAAUGAGAAGAUUGACAUCUUCCUGAUAUGACAUCUUCAUAUCUUUAAAUAUGCAUUAUUAUUGUGAACUUUUUUGAAACUCUAUUUCUACUCCAGCUGGUUAAUGCUGCCUUAUGGCCAUGGAAAUGAAGGAACAAUUUUAAUUAGCAGGGUUUGACCAACUGUCCAGCACUUUUGGGUUAAAUGUGGAAAUUGUUUUGCAGUAAGGGUCCUUAAGAACCACUAGCUAAAAGCUAUGUUUCUUCCAUUCAGCAAUGAUGCCAGUUAGACCUACUAUUAUGCAGUGAAUUUUAGGUUCAGCCUAGAACAAAUCAUCUGUCAGGCAGAAGUUUAUUUUAUGAUUAUGAAUGUACAACUCAAGGUGAAUUAAGAUAAAUUUGUCAAAUGUUUCACCAUAUGAUAGUGACAGCUGAAGACAAAUUAAAUCACAGGACUUAUGUCAGACUAGGUCAGACUAGUCUGGUUUAUCGUUUUGCAUUUAAAUCUGUUUUGCAUUAAAAUGCAUGGGUUUGAAGACAUUUUCAUCAUUCCAGUACAGGUGUCCUUUAAAUGAUUAAAAGACUAUUAGAUUGUUAGCAGCUCUGAGAAAAAUGUGCUCUAAAUACUAUAGUAACAUCUUGUGUAAUAAAUAUCACUGACAGUAGUGUACUAAAGUAGAGACCUGGCGUAAUUAUGAUGAGGCAUUAUGUGUUUUUCUUACGUAUUGAUUUACCAUGCACAGAUCUUCUUCUUCUCCUUUCGGCUUUUCCCAUUAGGGGUCAACACAGAUAUCUGUCUUUAUUAAAAACCAUGAGCCAAAACACAUAUGUAAGCAUGAGUAUUAUGAGAAGCUGUAAAUAAAAUCAAGUUGUCAAGCA